ACCAUUUUCUAAAGGGCUCUUGUGUGUUUGGCUACACAGUGGAUCAUGCACUGGGGACCAUCCUACGAGACGCUAAAGUGAGGAAUAAAGGCCCGACAAAAACAACAACAAAAAAAAAUAAAAAUAAAAAAAAUAAAACCACCGCCAUGACGGGGAAACAAAGCGCUGUGCUAUCGGAAAGUUUGACUAUAUCGAAAACCGCGUUGGGUGUGAACGGAGCUGCUAACCACCACACGCUGUCGAAGGGCGGCGCAACCCAUCCGCCCAGCAGGUGCACGGGCUUCGGGAUCCAGGAGAUCCUGGGGCUGAACAAAGAGCCGCCCGCGGCCCCGAAGAGCGCGCGGCUGGACUCGCUGCCAGCCGGGGCGCACCUGCUCGCCGCCAGGUCCGUGCUCGGCCCCGCGGGUGUGGGAGUCGGGAUGGGCUUAAUCGGCCCCGCUGGGAUUCCGUCCUUUUACAGCCAGCCGGCCUUCCUGGAGGUGCUGUCAGACGCGCAAAACGUUCACCUGCAACCCCACAACAACAGGACCGUGGGCUCCCUGGACGCCAGCCAGUCUGCCAGCUCAGACUCGGAGGAUUUGUCAUCCAAUGAACGAAAACUCUCAAAGUCAUCAAUAAGUCAGAGCAAGAAACGGAAGAAAAGACGUCACCGGACGAUUUUCACCUCGUAUCAGCUGGAGGAGUUGGAGAAGGCCUUUAAUGAAGCACACUACCCGGAUGUAUAUGCCAGAGAGAUGCUGGCCAUGAAGACAGAGCUGCCGGAGGACAGAAUCCAGGUGUGGUUUCAGAACCGCAGGGCCAAGUGGAGGAAGAGGGAGAAGUGCUGGGGCCGCAGCAGUGUGAUGGCUGAAUAUGGACUGUACGGUGCCAUGGUGAGGCACUCCAUCCCCCUGCCAGAGUCCAUCCUCAAGUCUGCAAAGGACGGCAUCAUGGAGUCCUGCGCGCCUUGGCUGCUUGUCCAAGAUGGCUUUCCCAUCAGCAGACGCUAUUCUAAAUCUGAAUUCCCGCAAUUCUUUGCAGGGAUGCACAAAAAGUCCUUAGAAGCGGCAGUUGCCACGCCAACAGGGAAGCCCGAUGCACCCCAGCAACCGGCUCCUCAGAGGGCGGACGAGAGCGAGGUGGAGGAGAAGAGAGCGGAGGGCAAACCCCCCAUCUCUAAAGAGGAACUGAGAGAGAACAGCAUUGCCGCGCUCAGGGCCAAGGCACAGGAGCACAGUGCCAAAGUGCUGGGGACAGUUUCUCGUGACAGACUGCUGGAGGGCAAACGGGAAAGACAAGCCGCCGAGGAGAAACCCGGUGAUGCUCUGAGUCCAGCCGAGGAGGCGGCGAGUCCAUAG